AUUGACAUGUUUAUUAAUGAUUAUUAAUUAUUAUCAUGGUUAUUAAUAAUUAUUAUUAAUUAACUACAAUCACAUGUUAAACAUGGCUGACACUGACACUCAGUCUGAUACUGAUGACCUUUUUCAUGGCGGGGACAGUGAUGUUGGAGACAGUGCCUCUCAGAGAAGUACAAGUACAAGUCCUGAGACUAACAGAAAGAAGUCAGACGUGUGGAAGUACUUUCAAAAGGCUGGGCCUAAGCGUGUAUCAUGUCAGCUGUGUAGUAAGCAAAUGGCUUAUCAUGGAGGGACAACUAACUUAAGAGACCAUCUUAUUCGUAUACAUCCAAAGGAUUAUAACUUACAACACAGUUCAGCUACUUCUACGAGUACAACACUUGAUGGCUUUCUUUCUAAAAGCAAGUGUCCCCCUAGUCGUUCAAGGCACAUAACUGAGCUGAUAACUGACAUGGUUGCCAGAGAUCUUCGCCCAGCUGCUAUUGUAAAAGGAGAAGGAUUUUGUGCACUUUUGAAUUAUAUAGAGCCAGGUUACAAGAUCCCUAGUGAUACACAUAUAGCGAGUGUUAUCCGGCAGAAACAUGAAGUAGGGAAAAGAGCAAUGAUGCAGAGGUUAAAGAAUGAAAAUGCUUUUACUGCCUUCACUAGUGAUAUAUGGACCAGCUGUGCUAAUGAUGCAUACAUAUCCCUGACUGCACAUUUCAUUGAUUCUGAUUGGCAGCUAGUUUCCUGUGUACUUGGAAGUAGUCCCUUUCCUGGACAUCACACUGGGAGUCACAUCUACGAGAAGCUAAAGGACAUCACUCAUGCAUUUGGUUUUCAACAGCAUUCUCAACUUGUCGCCUUGGUCCAUGAUGCUGCAUCUAACAUGGUUCUUUCUGGUGAAAUACUAGAAGAAAGAUUGGAAUGUGCAAGUGUAUGUUGCGCAGCACAUCGUUUACAGUUGUGUAUUGAAGAUGGCCUUUCUGUAUCUGCUAUUAGUCGAGCAGUUGGUGCUGCCAAGAAACUUGUUACUCAUUUUAGACACAGUGCUCUUGCUAGUGAUGCAUUGAAAAAGAAGCAGUUGGAUAUGGGAAAGCCUGUAAUGAAGCUUCAGCAAGAUUGUCCUACACGUUGGAACAGCACCUUUUACAUGAUCAGAAGCUUGCUAGAAAACAGAUGGCCUGUUACUGCUGUUUUGUCGGAUGAAACUAUCACAAAACGGCAAUACCGUUAUCUUUACAUGAUCAGAAGCUUGCUAGAAAACAGAUGGCCUGUUACUGCUGUUUUGUCGGAUGAAACUAUCACAAAACGGCAAUACCGUUAUCUUGAUUUAACCUCUGAAAACUGGCUUCUUCUGGAAGAUUUGUUUAAAGUUCUAGAGCCAUUGGAAAUUGCAACUGUUGUUUUUAGCAGUGAAAGUCAUAUUUCAUUGUCUGUUGUACUUCCUGUGGUAUACAGUAUAAUUAGCCAGCUUAGUUCAUCUGACAAUACUACUGAGUCUAUUGCUAUAAGAGUUUUUAAGGAAAAGGUAGUUGCUGGAAUGAAAACUAGAUGGAAACUGGAUGAGAUUGAUGCCAAUCUUUUAUUGGCCACUGCUACAGCACUAGAUCCAAGGUUCAAGCACCUAAAGUUUUUAACUGAAGUUGAGCAGUCAAAAGUCAAAGAGUACAUAAUUGAGCGUGCUAAAUAUAUUCAAUUGCAUUGUGCUACACCAGAGGCUGUACCUUGUAACGAAAUACCACCACAGAAGAAAUCAAAAUCAGCACUGGAUAUUCUACUAGGAGAAGAGGCAUCCGAGUUGGAGAUUAACCAUAGCAAUAAUAUUGAAACCGAUUUAUCUUUAUUUUAUACCGAGAAAGUGAUCUCGAGGGAUUCUGAUCCGAUACUGUGGUGGCAACAAAAUCACACUAGAUUUCCUAUUUUGUCACAAGUUGCAAAGUAUGUUUUAUGUGUUCCAGCUACUUCUACUUCAAGUGAGAGGCUAUUCUCAACUGCAGGUUUAACCGUGUCAAAAUUAAGAAGCUGUUUAAAACCAGAUAAUGUUGAUGCAUUAACCUUCUUACAUGCUAACUAUCAUUAUUUGAAAAAUGUAUGCAACUAAAUAAACUUUUAACGUUUGCCCUUUCUCUCAUUUAUCUUUACAUUAUUUUGUAACUCUUUUGUAGCAUCAAAUUUAUAAAUAAUUAAAAUUAAUAAAUCAGGCGAAAUAAUUGUAAUAAAGUAAUUAAUGUUAUUAAAAAUAGAAUAUUCGUUCGCUCAUAAAAGAAAACCUUCGGUAAGCAAUAUUACCCAUUCGUUCAUGCCCUAUU